GGCGCUGUUGCACUAGCCAACUUUGACAUCACUACCGCCUCCCCCUCCCUUAUGUGAACUCGUUGCGCGGAAAUUCGGCCUCUUUCCGGCGGGGUAUCCGAGACAGACUGGUUGGCGGCCAUGAAGGUGAGCCGGCGCUAACGCUAUUAAACAUAACUUCGGGGCUGCUUUCUGUAGACAAUAUCGGCGGGGGCAUGCGGGACAGAGUGUGAGGCAGGGACUGGAGCUAUGUUAGCGAAUCUCAGGGCCCCCCAGGUGCCGGAUGGAGCCGGAUUGCAAGGAGACUGCAGCCGGGACCUGGAUUGGGAGACAUGGCGGCGGCGGCCUGGGCUGUGGAACGUGCAUGGGCUCGUGGCUGGGCUGUGUAAUAUGAGCACUGUAUGGGGUUACAAUGCUGCUUUCUCAUUCACCGUAAUGCAAUUAUAGCGAGGUGGGUCCAUUGCUCUGCUAUAUGGUACCCUGUAUGUAACUCUCUGUCACAGUGUAUCUGGCUUCAGCACUGUGUGAGUUAUAGCUUUGUAUAUCUGUGUAUGUUACUCUAUAUGUAGUGUGUGUCAGUCUGCUAUAGGCUUAGUGUAUGUUAUAUACACACCUUCCAAUGCUUGGUUUUUAAUAUGAAGCAUUCCUUUAGCACAACUUAGUUUCAUGUCCAUUUUAUUGUUGUGGUGUUUGUACAGGGUGCACCAUAAGUCCUUACCUUAUGUUAUGUAUCCAGUGUAUCUGUCUGCUGGAUGGGUAGGGACUUAUGGUCCACUCUGUAGAUGAUGAUGAUUAAUGUUAAUGACUGCUAUAUACAUUGGUCUGAAGCUAUGGGGUUUAACUUUUUACUGUCUAUGAAAUUAUGUACAUUUAACAUCAAAACAAAGGGAUUUUUUUUUUCCUGUUGGGAAAGAAUGACUGUGUAACUGUGACUUGUAGUAUGAUACUUUUGCGCAUAUUAUAUAGUUCUUGUUUUUUUUUCACUGCUACUUCCAGCUCAAUAUCUCUUUCCCAGCCACUGGCUGCCAGAGGCUCAUUGAAGUUGAUGAUGAGCGCAAGCUACGUACUUUCUAUGAAAAGCGUAUGGCCACGGAGGUUUCCGCUGAUCCUUUGGGCGAAGAAUGGAAGGUAAGAUGCUGCUUCACAUAUAGGCUUUUUCUUGGUAUACAUUUAUCUCUAAUAUAUGUAUGUGUGUGUGUGUACAUACCAAGAGUUGUCGUUGGGGGAAAUGUGGAUUAAAAUCCCUUGCACCUGAAGUGGAUAGUUAAUGCAUUGCUAAACACAAAUACACACACCAGUCAAGCCAUAAAACUUGCUUUGCCCACAGAAAUCUCACUUUAACAGUUCUCACUACUGCAAGGGAUUCUGGGUCUGUGUGUGUGUGUGUAUAUGUAUGUAUGUAUAUGUGUAUAUAUAUAUAUAUAUAUAUGUGUGUUUGUGUGUAUAAAUAUUUCUGCUGCCAAAUACCAUUUUCUUUCUCUCUUUACGGAAUUUGUUUUCUAAAAUCUGAAUUGUCAUGCAUUCAAAUAUUGAAUUCAGACAUUUAACACUUGUGUGGGGAGGGUGGACACACUCUUCACAUAUAGAGCAUUUCAGCAAGCUAAAGUGCUUUACUGGUUUGGAGUGUUCCUUUAAGUGAAACAUGCAAUAGUCUUUUUAGUGUUGGUCCUUCAGGUUUUAGCAACAAUUGUGUGCCACUAAAGCGUGAUGUCAUCUUAAAGGGACUGCAUUUUAGUAGAUAUGGUGCCAGUUGCCAGUGAUAUGUCUAAGUAUUUACACACAGUUUGACAGUUACUGUGCUGAGCACUCUCCUUACUUCCAGUCUGAAUUGGUCUCACAAAGUGAAAGUUCAAACUCUUGCAUUUUACCAACUCUUACCAGGUUUAAACACUAUUCAUUAAGUGAGUGUUAGCAGACGGAUUUUAUUUCUCAUAUUUUGACCUCUGCGUCUUUAUUGAUUCUGGGAUUAAUCGUAAAUGAUCAAAUUGGGGACUGGCGCAAGUAGUUACUCUGUGCAUAAUCACAGUCUAAUGGUAGCUUCCCCCCACCGCCAAUAUUUUGUGCAUAGACUCUCUAGUGUUUCAGCUCAUUUAUUGGCUAGAUUUGUUAAUCCUUCAUAAUGUUAGACUGAAUUGAAGAAUUUUGCAUUCUAUUCACCUACAGGGAUAUGUUGUACGUAUCAGCGGUGGUAACGAUAAGCAGGGCUUCCCAAUGAAACAGGGAGUGCUCACCCAUGGCCGUGUGCGUCUUCUUUUGAGCAAGGGACACUCCUGCUACCGCCCCAGGAGAACUGGAGAACGCAAGCGCAAGUCUGUGCGUGGCUGCAUUGUUGAUGCGAACUUGAGUGUGUUGAACUUGGUUAUUGUCAGAAAAGGUGAGAAUUCUAAUCUUUCAUUAAACAAAGAUUGUAUUUUAAAUUGCCGCUACAACUGUGAAAUCUGAUUAUCUGACCCCGACUAUGAAUUCUCUACUUGCAAUCAUAUGCUAGAUGUAAUAUGACAAAUACAUUUUCCACUUAUGAGGAAAUGGUCACUUUUCUGCUGUUGAAAAGAAAAAAAUCAAGGUUAACAAAAGAUGAACAUCUAUACAAUUCAUUAUUGACUUUUAGUUAAGUGGUUUGUAGAAAUAACCAUAUUCUGUUAGAUGUUUUUGAUUUCAGUCUGCUGGUAAUUGUAGGCUCUGCAAAUUAUUCCCCAUAUCAAACAUUUUACUUUUAUCUACAACACUUACAUUUAGUAGCUCCAAGAUUCAUGUUGGUUACUGUUUAUCCUUUCUUUGUGUGUUUUUUAGGUGAGAAAGACAUCCCUGGCCUUACAGACAAAACAGUUCCUCGUCGUUUAGGUCCCAAAAGGGCCAGCAGGAUCCGCAAGCUCUUCAAUCUCUCAAAAGAAGAUGAUGUUCGUCAGUAUGUGGUUAGAAAACCACUGAACAAGGAUGGUAUGUUGUGGGAUACUGUGAGCGAAUUCAGAAAAUGUUUUUUUGUUUGUUUGUUUCAUGUGUUUUUACUCAAGUCAUGUAAAUAGUAGCUAUAAUAAAGAUAAACAAAAUACCCAAGGAAAACUUUAAACACAUUUGAAAGUGUAAUCAUUUUAAAAAUCGGACUGUUAGAGAAACACUCAGAACACAUAGCAUUUCAUCAAAAUCUACACUUCUAUUAACAAGCCCUAUCACAUUUUAAUCAGACAUUUGAGGUGUUCUACAUAGUUUAGCUAUUUGAACCUAAACGGUCUCCCCAUUUUGAUUUUAUUACAAUUUAUUUUUUUUAGUGGUGACUUGCAAACUUUUUUAAACAUGUUGGCUGAUGCCAUACAUUUUUGUAUCUUGCUGUGCAAUAGUCAAUAAGUGUUCAUUUUCUACAGGGAAGAAGCCCAGGACCAAGGCCCCCAAGAUCCAACGUCUUGUAACCCCUAGAGUUCUGCAGCACAAGCGCAGACGCAUUGCUCUGAAGAAGCAGCGUACACAGAAGAACAAGGAGGAAGCAUCGGAGUAUGCCAAACUCUUGGCUAAAAGAACAAAGGUAUUUUCUUUUUAAAAGGAAAUGUUAAAUAUCUGAGUGCAAUCCUCUUGCCGAAUUAUGCACCAGAAAUGUUAUGUUUUAUGAUGCCAGACCAUGUCCCCGUAAGGUCCAAAAUUUAACAAUGUGAAAAAUAAGACACACAGGUAACACAUUUAUGUUGAGUAUUAAAAUGAGUUUUUCACCUCUUGAUGAAUAGUUUCAUUAUGCUGCCCAAUCUCAUAAAACUGCUUCUCCUUUACACAUUGCAAGCUUUCUUCCAAUUUUUAUUGGAGAAAAUAAUUCUCAACCUUUGUUAAAGGGAUAAUUGCAUCAUAACCGCUACAGCCCGCUGUAGUGGUUAUAAUAUGAGUACACUGACCCCAUUUCAGGGGAUGGAGGGGGUGGCGCAGCUUUUCAUUCAUCUAAAAAGCUUUAGUGAACUGGAGUGUUCCUUCAGUGAUUAAUAAAACAAAAAUACAGCCUUAAGGCCAUUUCAAGCCCCAAUUAAUUUUUUUUUUUUCGUUAACAGUGCAUACAUUUGCAUUACAGGGGUUUACAUUGUAGACUAGUACAACGAAGUUAACAAUAUAAUCUUUUAACAGGAAUAUGGUGUUAGGAGGUGUAACCAUCAGGUAGUAUGUAGCUUUGUUGUGACAAAGGGUCUCAUGUGGCAGGUUGUUUCCGUGAGCCGACAAUUCGGUUCGGGUUUCUGGUUCUGUGUAAACCUGACAGCUGUGUGGGUGUACCCUUGUGUGGAAGGGUCUUUUAGUGGCAUAUCUUUCCUAUUCGGGUGAUGGGUAUUAGUGGGUCAAGGAUGGGCAAGUGUGAAGAUCAUUGGGACCAUCCAGUUCCCCAGGGGUAAGCCCCGGAUGGUCCCCACAUUCCAGGAUAAGGGGUAGGAGGGGAGAGUGUCGGGGCCUCCGCAAAUCCUCACCGACGACCUGGGGGAGGGGUGGAUUAGUGAGGAGAGGCUACCAUGGCAACGAGGUGUCUCCCUCAAUGCACAGGUCCCAUGUUUUGUGAAAUUUAGCAGGGGUGUCUCAUAUCUGUGAGGUUAAUCUGCCCAUUUGAAGUCUCUUGUAUUUUAUGGUAUAUGCUUUGUAGGUGAGGUAUGUGUGGUCCCCAGAGUUCAGCUAUAGCUUUGCAGGUUGCCAGGGCUAUUUUGGCCACCGGCUUGUUUUUAGGACGUGUGAAGGUACUGUGGGGUUUUGAUUAGAGUAGUGCCUGUGGGUCCUUUGGAAAGGGUCUUUGAAGCAACCUGGUGAGGAGGGAUGUGGUGCUGGUCCAAGUGGGUUGUUAGUUUGGGGCAGGACCACCAGCAAUGCAGGAAAGUGCUGACCUUACUGCAUUGUUAAGCCCAAAGUCAUUUUAAGUGUGAAUUGUUUUGUUUUUUACCUUUCCCCUUGAUAAAGGGUGUGGAACAAGUGAAACACAAAGCAGUUUUUUGUAUGAGCUGCAACAGUUAUGCUAUACCAGUCAGUAACCUUGUUUAAAAAUAACCAAUAAUGGAGAACAGUUUCAAUGUAUUUGGUAUAAGAAGCCUAGACUCUUUCUGCCCUUGUGUGUAAUGUGCUUGAGUUUACCCCGUAUGACAUUGGUUAUAUGUAGAGUAUAUACAGUUGAGUAAGAGGAAUUUGUAUUCAUGUAUUAUACAUUAUAUUGUAUGAAUAUUACAUUUGAGAUGGUGUCUGUUCCCUCUAUACCUUUUGGUAUACAGUUAUUUACUAAAGAGUGAAUUGCAAUAGAUUGAAAAUGAAAAUAGUCGACUUACAGGAGCACUUGUCGCCAAAACAACUGCAGUGUAAUGAAGCAGUUUUAGUGUAUAGAUCAUUUCCAUACAGUCUCACUACUCCAUUUCCCACCAUUUAGGAGUUUGAUCACUUUGUUUUGGAAGCGCUAGGCACACCUCCCCGCAUGUGACUUGCAAAGACUUCCUGUAAAGUCAUCUGAUGUUUAUACUUCCUUAUUGCAAAUUCUGUUAAAUUUACAAUUUCUCAUGCUCUGUUAAUAUUUUGCUAGACCCUGCAGAAGCAGGUGAUAAACACAUUUUAAGCUAUCUGAAAGUGAAAUUUAUAUGCAGGCUGUUUCAGUCAUAGCCAGGGGAGGUACAAAAUACACAAUCCAGCGCACUCUCAUUUACUAAACAAUGAUUUCAAAUCUCACAGAUUUGAAUAGUUUUAUUUAAAAACACCUCACCUAGGCAAAAAUAAUGGGGGUUUAGUUACUUUGCAUAAGCCUGCCACAACGUCAAAGGGGAGGUGUGACUAAGGCUGCAUAAACAAAAGUGACUUAGUCACCUAAAUUACUUUAGCUAAAUAAAGCAGUUUUAGUGUAUAGAUCAUUCCCCUGCAAUUUCACUGCUCAAUUCCCUGUCCUUUGAGUUAAAUCACUUUGUUUCUGUUUAUGCCGCCUUAGCCACACUUCCUCUGGCUAAAAAUUGGCGCCAAAAUAGUUCAACCAAUUAGAAUGGGGUAAAAAUUGACUAUUUUAUACUAUAAAAGUGGUUAUGGUACCAGAGAGACAGGGGCAAGCAUAUGCACGUCCAUCCAUGUCAGCAUUGGCAGCCAGCAAUAGCCAGGAUGGGUAUGCCCAGAUGCAAAUGGGUGCAGGAUUGUUACCCUAGUAGUCAUAGUUACUGACAAAUAAUUGAUGAAAAAUAUCAGCUAUUAAAAGACUCUAAGAAUCUCUAGAAUCACAAGCUGUGCCUCAUGUGUUUUUUGUGUAAAAAAAAAAAAAAAAGCUUUUUUGAAUGUAUCGAAUUUAUAAAAAAAAAAAAAAUGCUGACGUCUUACAAUUUUGUGGACAAAUAUCCCCACCAGAGAAUGAGGAUUUAUGCCCCCUUCAUAGCCAAAGGUAGUCGGGAGAGGGUAACAAUCAUUUUUAGAUCAAGUUUAUUUCUGUUUAGAAACACUACUACAGCGUCCACACAAAACACUACUUAGAAGCCCCUACCACUUACCUAAAUACUAAAAACACAACGUGUGUGUGUCUAUCUCAAUCAAUCACUGUGGAAACUAAUGCAAUUUGCACUUGCCAUAUAUUCAUUUUGAAGUUCUACCUUUUUGCCAUGUUCGGUCUACUAAUUCUGUUAACUGUUCUGGUUUUCAUUUUAAGGAAGCUAAGGAGAAACGCCAGGAGCAGAUUGCCAAGAGACGUAGACUGUCUUCACUUAGAGCCUCCACAUCCAAAUCUGAAUCCAGCCAGAAGUAAAGCCACAUGGUGUAAAAAGAUAAAUAAAUCUUGUAAACUAUUCAUUGUUUUUUGGUGUGGUGUUUUUUUGUUUUUUCUUUAAGUCUAUCUUUAUGGGGAAAAAAUUGCAGAAAUUACUCAUUACUUGCUGAUAUGGUGUGCAUCACAGAGUAAUAGCUGAAU